AUGCAUCACACAUUCGUGUGGGCGGCCAGGUUCUGUCGCGAACGUCCUGCCUUCAUGUUCCUCGACGAUGACAUUGGUUUCAAUGAGAAGCGCCUCCAGGCCGUUCUGGCCACUCUGCCGGUUGAUUGGCGGCGCAGAGUUUCCAUUUCGAGUACUCGCUGGAAUAGUCCCACAGUGCGUCCCACGGACACUCCGGCCGUCCGAAAAUGGGCACUGUCGAAGCGGGAGGUUCCGUAGCCAGUGCAUGUGCCCUACAGCAACGGAUACUUCUACAUGCUUGGUUACGAUCACGUGGCGGAUCUGACUUUGGCCAUGAUCUACACCAAACGCAUUCCCAUUGACGAUGCCUGGUUGGGUCUGGUGAUGCAUAGGAUUGGUCUUCAGUUCGAGUUGCCAGCUGGGAUCGUGUACUCCUUGAGACAUCAAGAAAAUGUCACCGGCUAUAUCGCCUUGCCCCUCCAAUCUCUCCGCAGCACAUCUGUUUGGUGAGAGGAAAAUUAGUAUUCACGACAGCCACUGUAAUUUCUUCAUUUGUCACUCACCCGUCACAUGCAUGCCAGGGAUUUUACUGGUAAUUUGCCCUAUCGUAUGAUAAUUUAUUGCGAAUUGUCUGAACUUUCGUAUGCUAUCUUGGCCUUCGUCCGAGUUAAUUACGCUUCUUUCGGACUUGCAUAUGCUUCAUUACAUGAACGAAAUCGGCUGAGCCGGUCGUGGCAUCAGGGUGUGGUAACCUGUGGCGACCGUGUGUGUGGUGGUGGUGGUGGUGGUGUUGGUGGUGGUGGUGGUGGUGGUGGUGGUGGUGGUGUUGGUGGUGUUGGUGGUGGUGCCCGUGAUGAUGGUUGUGCCCGUGGUGCCCGUGGUGGUGCCCGUGAUGGUCAGUGCAGUGAGGAUUGGUGGAGGAAUAACGAUGGAAGCGUUUUUGAAAGCAGGAAAUGAAGUUGUCGUUUUCUUGUUCCAUUGGGUCCGGAGAUAUCCGACAAUGCGGAUCCGUACGCCCGUAGGUUCGUCCACAUCGUGAGCAGGCUGGUGUUGGGAGGGUUAUGUUGGGUGCGCUUGAGACUUGUUGUUAGUUCUUAUGUCCUUGGCAGCGCUGAUUCGGUUGGCUUCGUAGAUUGCUCCUUCAGGCUUCUUUGUUCUUCCCCUGUAAGCCACUUCGUGGUCGAGUUUGAUGUUGCACAAUACUGAUGCGAAGGCCGCUGGUGCAUGGAAACUGUUCAUCCCGAAUUUUGAGCAGCCUGAUUUGAAGACAUUCGUGGACUAUUGCAUAUCCGUCUCUGUCGCGGUGUUGAACGUGAAAUCGCCGGUGAAGAACAGAUCGUGGGCAGUAGUCGUGGAGAGAGUGAGAGGCUGGUCGCCGGUCCUGUGGAUGAUACGGACCCCAGGACUCCCAUCAUAAUAGGCGCCUAUAGCCAUGACAGAUCAGAUGAGACUGAAGAGGAUGGGAAGGGGGACUCAGUCCUGUUUCAUUCCAUUGAUCAUUGCGAGUGCUCCUGUAACGUCCGAAUUACCCGUGAAGCGCGCCAUCAUCCUCUCAACGAUCCGAGGCAUCAUGUACGGGAAUCGUUCCGGACAGUCAAAUUUCUGCAUGAUUUUCCGGAGAACAUCGUAAUUCUCUGUGCCUGACGCGAGCGUCACUUCGCCUUGAGAGAGCACUCCAGAAGAAGGUGUAUAUGUCACUACAGCUGAGAUUGUAUAGGAUCCCGGAGCUUUUCCGAUUAAGAUGGUUUCUGGUUAGUAAAGUAGAGUUGUCUAGGGUGUCGACUGUUUCCACUUGGGGUUGCCGGUUGAUGACGGCCACAGAGAUCCUGGAUGGGCGGUUGAGAACACUUCUGAUGUGCUUGGGCUAACACCUCAGAACUUGCAACUUCUCCGUCGGGAGCGUUUUUCCAUCGGAGCUGAGAAGCGGCGCGGGUCUUUUGGAUGUGGAUUCGCAGACCGUCUUGAUUGAUGCGAAGACGAUCUCUGUUUGAUUGCUGUCAACGUACCUUUGGCGUUCCUCGACCUACUUAUCCAUUAUGGCACCAUGCCUCUCACACAUCCGCUGCUGCACAAGACGGUGACAUCUGAAGAAGGUCAUCUCUUGCUUGGGUACGACAGUCUGUCCGUCUUGGCGAGUAGAUUGUUAAAAUUUGUGUCGUUGUCGUCAAACCAUUCCUGAAUCUGACGAGCUGUGCGACGGACGACAACCAAUGCGGUGGAAUGUGCAAUGUUCCGCGCCUGAUACCACCAUGUCUAUGCAGUGGUUUUUUGCGAGGUUACAUCCAGAUACCUUUUCUGAGAUGGUGGGGCAAUGAUACCUCCAGCCGUUGACGUCACAGAUCGUUUCGGUCACCAACAUUUCCUGCUGAUCUAGCCCCUCGAGAGGAGAACGCAACCCAGCUGCUGCCAACGUGGCAGUGUUGAUGGAGCAUCGAGGUUGCAGCCUCCUUCGUUGAAUAAAAGAAGAAUGUGCUGGGUUAGAGGAGACAGUGUUCCGCGUAGGUUCGCAGAAGGAGGAGGUCGUUUUCAGUGGAGCCGCCGCGUUCGGAGCAUUCUUCCGGUCCUUUUGACGUAUUUGCUUUGUCCGCAACUGCGCCAGAUCCGACUCCAGACGUUUCUUGUCGUGGCAGAGUGUCUUUUGGUCUCAUAAUCUGAAGUCUGAUGGUUGCCUCUGGUCUGUGUACAACUUCAACCCCUUCUGGCGAGGGAGGGCGGCUAACAGCUUCCUAAACGUUCUUCGCAUACGGAGGCGCUAGCCAAUUUUGGGGUCCGUUUUGCUUGGCCUUUCAUUAUUAAGGAUUGAGAAAUGGUUCAUAAUAUCCCAGUUUAUUAACAAAAGCAAUGAUAUGCCCCUUCUACAUUCGGUGUUGAGACUUCGCCUAGGCGGAGAAAUUAGCCACGCCGGGAGCGCACGUGUCAAUACUGUUCCCUACGUCAAGGUCGUUGGUUCAGAUGGUACAGAAAUCACCACACCAGCAUCAAACGCACGCGAUGAAAUUGCCGCAUGUCACGGCGCGAAUGUCGGCCACCAAGCAGUCAUAACACCACGUGCAACGAUCCCUGAUGAAGGGGGAGCCGUGAAUAUUCAUAGGUAUGCGGUGGUAUGGCGACUGCAUCCUAUAAAUACUGUCGCCCCUUUUGCGUGAAGCACCGGUAUCUACUAUUGUCUCUGAUGAUGGGUUUGGAUAGGAAUCCGAAACGUCGGGCGAACAAAGUUCUUGUCCCAACGAUCGUAUCAUCUUUCUUUUCACGACUCUUUCUUGGAACUCGUCUCUUUGCUUCUAAAGAAAACCAAUGACAUGUCCCGAAAUCGAAAAAAAGUAGAAUUGCAUGGAAAACUUAGUAGUGCGCUUGGAAUGCGAGCAGUAACGGAGUCCAAAAAUUUCAAUAACUACCGAAAGCGGUAGUCAACGAAAUUCAGGUAUGCGAAUAAACCGCGGUUAACUGGGUAACGGAAGCUCGGAUUCCAAGAAAAGUUGCAGACAAUGGUAAUUGAUCACAGGAGUUAAUCGAAAGUGCAAAUAAUUCAGAUUCAGGGCUAUAGCGGGAGACGCAAUAUCUAUCAGGGAUCCGCAAAAAAUGAAAGACGGGGAGCAAGUAGGAAGUAUAGCAAGGUAAGAUAAAAAACAGAAGGAGUAAAUAGAAAAGGCAAGUUUAGUAAUGCAAAGAGACAUUGCAUACAAAUAGAUAUAUAGGUGUAUGUAAUUAAAAUAAGUUGUGGUGUAUAGCGAAGAUUUCAGCACGUAAAACAAAUUCUCAACCUGAAUUUUGAAACACAUGAAGUCAGUUUGUCGAUAUAGAUCUAAAAAUCAAUAUCUACGAGUAGAUGGUAGUUUCAAUUGUAGCAAGGGUCUGUACACAAUAAAUUAAUUUAGUUUUCUAAACGCAGAUCGCACCCUGAACAAACUGUAAGACGCAGACGACCUCAGUGGGACAUACCAACGGAAGUUGACGAGAUGAUGGAAAUGCUGAACUCCGAUAAGCUGCUGCAAUAUUGCCAAGACAGAGGACUACUGCCCAAAAGUUGAAAAUGUUAAUGCUGCUAGAAAAUGCGAUGGCAAAGCCUCAGGAAACACACUGAAGUUUUACAUUUCAUAUGUAGCCGUCGCUGAAUUACCGAGGCACUGCGAACAGUUUCAAUGCUUGAAGGCAACAACCUAAAACUGAGCACUGCCUAUUUCAGCGUAAACCAGAGCAGGAAUUGUGUGGACGCGACGACAGGCUGACAUACCUACGCAUGUGAAAAGUAUUAGAGUCGCCUCAAAAGAAGAUUACAUAAAGGCGUUUCUCCGUCAGACAGAGCUGUCUGGACCCACAUCGACGAGAUACACAUGGCAGAGGUGUAUUCCACGAAGCUGCCAAAAAACUGAUAAGCCAAAUAGAAAUGGUUCACAACAGCCAGUUGUCUCAGCUCAGUGGUUUAGGGUCGUUGAACUUGCAACCAACAGGUUGCGGGAUCGAGUCCCGGGUGUUCCACACUUCAGGGUUAUGUGUGAUUGGUUGACGACGGCUAAUAAGCCAGAAAUGGCUAGUCCAUUCUCCCUUGUCUUUGUAGGUAAUGUCAUUCUGCGCCCGUACGCGGUUGCUGGUUUGACUUGUAAGAGAGCCCGUAAGGCAUAACGGAACGAGUGAAUUCCGUAGCAAUAAUCGGUGAACGCCCCUCUGCCAAUCUCAACAUACUCUAACUUUGAUAUGCCGUUGACUGCGGACAAAGCUUUCGCAUGAAACCUAACACGUCCGGGUGAGGAGCACAAUAACGAGCCUAUAUAGGCAUUCAUGCAGGGCCCGGCUCUCGGUGCGAUUGUUUGCAAGGUUAAUAGCAAAGGCCGGUGAAAGAUGUAGACCAGGUCUAAGUGGCACACGGUAACAACACCUACUGAACUAAUUGCAGUAGCCAGUCUUGUAUACUAUUUUACCUGCCCCGGACACAACCCAUAACCUUAUGCUUUUUGACAUUGUGAAAGUAAGCGGGCGGGAAUGUGAGCAUAGCUGCCGGAUGUAGGAACAAACACAAUGCAAAAUACCCUCAUUUAGUUUGGUCCGCCAAUCAAGGCGUUAACCGGGAUGGCGCCGCUAAGCAGAGCCUAACUUCGGGGGCCACAAAAGUGGGUCUGGUAUCCAUUGAGGGCCGUAUAGAGAAGUCACAAAUUGCAGAAUAUGACCCAUCAUACCUGCACGGUUUAUCUCCUACUCCGACACUUCUCCACACCAUCUAGCCUUAUAACCCAAAUUGGCGACCCACAAAAGCAAUAGAAUGAGAAGAGCUGUCUAGUCGAUGUUAGUAGCAAGGGAUGAUCGCAUUUUUAGUCAUGUUCGAGCAACCGACUGGCGUAUUAAAGAAAUAGUAGACCCGACUAUGUGCGCACUCCAUCUCCGCGGCAAUUCAGUGCAUUUCUUAUCCCAAUAAAUCUGACGCGCUUUGCAACCGUGAAGAUGCGCUAGGUGUUGUGACGUGAAGGGCUGCCAAGUGAGAAGAAAUCUCGGUCGUCGUGGCCAGUGCUAUGAGUUUGUGCGGGGUCACUUAUUGAAAGACCGGGAGCAAUUCUUAAUGGGUUCCUAUAGUGUGGCCUAUAAUUCAAUCCCACUCAGGGGACGUCAAUAUCACUCCACUUGAUCAGCAAAAAUCGGAACGUGUGUGGCACGGGUAAUAGGACUGUUUAGCUUUUGAAUGAUGAUGAUGAUGAUGAUGAUGGUGGUGGUGGUGAUGGUGAUGAUGACGAUGAUGAUGAUGACGGCGACGAUGAUGGUGACGUCGGCGAAGACGACGAUGAUUAUGAUGAUGAUGAUGAUGGUUAUGGUAGUGGUGGUGGUGGUGGUGGUGGUGAUGAUGAUGAUGAUGAUGGUGGUGGUGGUGGUGGUGGUGGUGAUGAUGAUGAUGAUGACGAUGACGAUGAUGAUGAUGAUGAUGAUGAUGAUGAUGAUGAUGAUGAUGAUGAUGAUGAUGAUGAUGAUGAUGAUGAUGAUGAUGAUGAUGAUGAUGAUGAUGAACAUCAGUUCGAGCCCGAAAGCUAA